AAGUUGUGGUGUGAUUUAGAAUAUAUGACAUUUUUUAAACAAACUUUAUUGACGGUCCCUAGUAUAAACAACCAGUGGUUAGAGCAGCGCUUCCCGUGCAAGUAGCAGUGGAGCUAUAAAUUUUUCAUUGCCAAAGUGAGGCCAUUACUCACAUACGGGUGGCAAUAUGUUGAUACCUCAAAUGUCUAGAUGGCCAGUGGGGGGGCCACGGCCACCACGUAGCUCCGCCACUCUGUGUGAGCUCCCCGCACCAUGACACAGCAGUCCGGGCACCACGUGUGCAUGGUGGUGUUGCGUUUUCUUCCUCUUGCGGGUGGCGGGAGUCGAGUGGCAACCAGCUUUGAGGCACAUUACCUCACCUACCAUGUCGGAGUGUGCCCCAGAGUUAGGAACAUGAUACGGGGCGGAAGCCGAUAAUAUUUGAUCUUCAAAAUACAACUAAAAUGCAAAUAUGAGGCAUUCAAAGACGUUAUGAUGAUGUGUAGUAUUCUACACUGGUCACUAGGUGUCAGUAAUGUUACUGUCAUAUUUGGCGCCAGACUUGAUUGCUGGUUUCUGAAACACCAUUGAGAACCUUAUCAUAUUUAAUUAUAUGUAUGUACUUAGUAGGGGUGUCACAAGAUCUCACAAGAUUAAACGUGGCAAGAUUUCCUCUUCAGAAAAAAAAAAUGUCUCGUGGGCACUAGGCCUGGGAUGAUAAUCAAUUGUUAAUCACGUUAUAAAUGAAAAUAAACUGAACAAUUUUGCCGGCAUCAAUGUCUGUUUUCCUCAUCUCUCGCCUCCAAACAUUCAGGAAGAGGGUUCACUCUGUGCAUUGGUUCCAGCACCUUGGCACCUUUGUUCCAUAGAACAACAGCAUGAACGGAGUGAGCCCUUUGCGGUCAUACAGCCUCUUCUCUUCCAGUCUUUUGAUCCAAUUCUUUUUGUGUGAACUUUUCACCCCUUAGGGUUAUCUCGUCCUUAUCGCACUUAGCUAGAUGUGUACAGGUCGGCCAUCUCACGGCUGGCUUCCUUUGAAUAGCGCGAGUAUCUACUCCCUUUUAGAAGACAAAAGACAAAGUUCCUCAUUGGUGUAUCUUCCCACACUGAUAUACCGUGUGCCUGUUUGGGGGUUUGUUCCUCGCACUCCUGGACAGACGGCGCUUUUGGAGAGACUUCGCUCUGUUCAGUGGUGACUCGAAGCUUCGAUCAUAAAAAGACAAAAGACAUCUUGUUUCUGUGGACAGUCUUCAUUGAUAGGAACAAUUGCCGAAACACGGUGCAGAAGAGUGUAACAUAGUAGAAAUUCAAUUAUGUAUUUUAAAAAAUAUUCUUUCAUUGUACUUUUCUUAAAAGUAAAUCUCCUGUCAUCUCGCGGGCCCAAUCUCGUGUAUUGUCUCGUCUCGUGACACCCCUGGUACUUACAUCCCGUACCUGCACAAGCCACUGCAGUGUGGAAAAUGUGUAUGUGUUGGAAGAUCUGCACAAAUACUCAAAGUCGCCCUCCGCUGCCCUUUGCACACCCCUUAACACCUCACCCAGGGGCACGCCCCACUAUUUGAGAACUAUUUGCUGCCCUACGUCAAGAAUGCAGUAGAUGUUCCUGCCACCUACAGGACAGAAGUCAUCAUCCACCUUCUUAUUUUUCAUGCUGGAAUCAUUUAAAAAAAAUCUUACAUUUAAUCUGCAGAGAUUUCAAAUGUUGAUGUUAUUUUGAAAGAAAACAUUGACAGUUUAAGGGGGGUGAAGGUUGACGCUGGCAGGCAUGCUGCCAUGUGCUUCAAGUCAUCCCGUUCGACAAGUUUGUCAAGCUUUAGCUUUGGUUACGUUUGCGUUUGCAGUGACAUGAUAUUUGCUUCAAGCGCUUGGAUGCUUUGCUUGUGCCGGCCGUCUUGCAAUAAAUGAAGGUAAGGUGCAAGAAAAGAUGUUCUUGUUGCGCUCUUCUGUUUAUUUGCUCGGCAAAUUCAUUGAACUCAACAUGCAGUUCGACUCUUGAAUACGCUUGUGUGCUUCACCGCGCUCCAUUUUGUUGCGUUUCACUGGUGCCAGUUUCGAGUUCGGUGUGUAGAGUACAGGUAAAUAAACGGAUAUGAUCAGUUUCUCAGUAGUAUUUCAAAUCAGGCGAGGAGUGAGAAUAUUUCUGUCCUCCGGGGACAGAACCCAUCCGACACCAGUUAGUUAACCUCAACAUUUGCGUGUUGACCUCAACCGGGGGUGUCCAAACUUUUCCCGGCGAGGGCCACAUCGCAAAAAAUGAAAGGCUGCAAGGACCACUUUGAUAUUUUCUAAAGCGACACAUGUAGACACGCUCAGACGUGAUAUAUAUUUCAAGAAGAAACUGCAUCUCAGCUUUGUGAUGCCGGUGAAAAAGCCUAUUUUUCAUAUAAACUUCAUUCUUUGCUUUUUUUUUUUGCUGUUUUUUUCUUCAGUAAUUUUUGUAAAUCUUUUUUUGUAAUAUGAUGACUUUAUUCCCAUAAUAUUAUAACUUUUUCCGCAACCUAAUUUUCCUUUAUUUUUUGUGUUUCUCCUAAUAUUAUGACUUUUUAAAAAAGUAUUUAAUUCUAUGCUACUAAAAUGAUUUUAUUUUCCUCAAUAUUACAAGUUUAUUCCCGUAAAAUUUCUACUUUCUUGUUACAGUACAACUUUUUUCUUGUCAAAUUAUAGCUGUUUUUUUCUAAAUUAUCCAACUAUUUAAACUUGUGAAUUUUCGUCUUGUAAUUUUGAUUUUAUUCCCAUUAUAUUUUGACUUUAUUUUAUUUUUUAAUUACAACAUUAUUUUCUUAUAAUAAUACAUUUUAAAAAACAAAUUCUUUAAUAUUUAUUUUGAAUUUACUCCUGUAAAAUUAUAGCUGUUUCUCCAUUUCUGCAGUUUUUUUUUAAAUUUCUAACUAUUUAAACUGUCUUCUUGUAAAUUUUCUUCUCGUAAUUAUGACUUUAUUUUUUUUCUGCAACUGAAUUGUCAAAAAAUUACAACUAUUCUCAUAAUACCUAAAAAAAUAAAUAAAUAAAUAAAUAAUUUGACAUUUCAACAUUAUGCUACUAAACUGACGCUAUUUUUCCUCCUAAUAUGACAAUGUUGUUCUCGUAAAAUCAUGACUUUUUCUUGUUAGAUUGCAACUUUUUUCUCGUAAUAUUUUGACUUUAUUCUUUUCCAUUUUGGCUGGCGCUUUUGGAUUUUGUAGUUUUCCUGUUAAAUUCUAUUUUCAACCCCAACUUAAGCUUUUAUUUUGGGUUGUCUUCAUGUCUGACGUGAGGAGCGAUGCGGUUCCACUGGCGCGUCUUCUUGGCUUGUGCCUGGCUGCUGCUCCUCCUCGCCUUGAUUGACAGGCUUCUCAGGCCCAGAUGUGCGAGAGAAACUGAGGUGAAGACCCCAGAACACACUCGGUCAUUUAACCAGUCUUCAGCAGCAGACUGGGGGGUCGUUGUGAAGCGGAGAAGCGAGAUGAUCUCCACUGUUUGCAAGGACCGGGGUGAUUCGCAUGUCUCCACCAGCGAGCUGGUCUUGGACCGCAUCCUCGUCUCGGACCAACACGGCAUCUUGUUCUGUGAGACGCCUGAAGCGAGCGACGCCUACUGGAAGAAGCUCCUCAUUGCUGUUGGUGGAUCCUUCUCCAGUGCGGAGGACGUCCCAGAGCACCUCGUUCACGACCAUCAGAGGAACGGCCUGCCCCGCCUCUCGUCACUGGCGCCGGAGGAAAUAACGCACAGAUUAAAGACUUAUUUUAAGUUCAUCGUCGUGCGGGAUCCAUUCGAGCGCCUGAUUACUACGUUUGAGGACAAAUUCCUCUUCAACAAACCCUCAGAACCUUGGUACAAGCACACCAUCUCCCCCGCCAUCAUCCACAAGUACCGCACGGACUUUCCCUUCCUCGCCGAUGCCGGCUUAGUCUUUGAUGAAUUUGUCCGCUACCUGGGGGAUGCGGAGGGCCGGAGCCUCUUGGACUGGCAGUUCGGCGAGCACAUCAUCCACUGGGCAACCUACGUGGAGCUGUGCGCGCCGUGUGACAUCAGCUAUGAUGUCAUUGGCCACCAUGAGACACUGGAACGAGACGCCGCCCACAUCCUGAGGAAAGCGGCCAUCGAGCAUCUGGUGUCCUACCCGGCCAUCCCUCCUGGCGUCUCGUGCUACAACAAGACCAAGGUGGAACGCUACUUCUCAGGUAUCAGCAAGCGGGACAUCAGGCGCCUCUACGAGCGCUAUCAGGGGGACUUUCACUUAUUUGGGUACCCAACACCUGACUUUCUGCUCAACUGACAUUCACGUUAUUCUCAUGGGAUGUCUAAUACAACAAUACCACAGUAUUGUGCUCGUGAAUUCCACAUCCAAGAGGUUUAAGGCAGUGCUGGAUAACGAUGGCGCUCACACUGAAUCAGGGGUGUCCAAACUUUUUCCACCGAGGGCCACAUGCUUGACAAUGAAAGGUAUUUUGUCAAGCAUGUAGAUAUGCUCACAAAUGAUGUCUAUUUCCAGUAAGAAACUGCAUGGCAGCUUUGUGAUAUGGGUGGAAAAACCUACACUCGUAUCAACUUCCGUCUUUGCUCGCUGUUUUCCCCCAUUUUUGCUGUUGUUUUUUGUUUUUUGUUUUUUUCCAAAACUGUGUUCUUAAUUAUUCUUCUUACAUUUUCUUCUCGGAAUAUUUUGACUUUAUUCCCAUAAUAUUAUAACUUUUUCCCCAAACUAAUUUUCCGUGUUUUGUUUUUCUCAAAUAUUACAACUUAAAACUGAUUUUAUUUAAUAUUUCAACUUUGCUACUAAAUAACAUAACUUUUUUCAUAAUAUUUUUACUUUAUUCUCAUAAAACAUUUCCGCCGGUGUAUUUUAAUUUUUUUUUUUCCCCAACUAUUUCAACUAUUGCAACCUAUUUUCCGAAAAUUACCAAAACUUUAUUUCUUGUUUUUUUUCCCCAGAAUAUUAUGACUUUAUUCUCAUAAUAUUUUGACUUUAUUUCUAUGAUAUUAUAACUUUUCCCCGAAACUUAUUUUCCAUAUUUUGUUUUUCUAAAAAAAACAACUUUAAUAUUUCAGUUCUAUGCUACUAAAAUGACAUUUUUUCUCAUAAUAUUUUGACUUUAUUCUCAUAAAAUUACAGCUUUUUUCCAUUUCUGCUGGUGUUUUUUUAUUUGUUAAUUUUUCAACUAUUUCAACUUUCUUGUAAAGUUUCUUCUCGUAAUUAUGACUUUAUUUCCAUAAUAUUUUGACUUUUCCCCACAACCUAUUUUCCAAAAAUGACCAAAACUUUAUUUGCUGUUUUUUUAUUUUACAAAUACUUAAACUUUACAUUAACAUUAUUUGUUGUUUUUGUUUGUUUUCCACAAUGUUACGACUUUUAAAAUGUAAUGUCUUUCUUUAUAUUUACCUUUAGCUUUAUGUUACUGAAAUGAUGUUUUUUUCCCCAUAACAUUACUAAUCCAAUCCAAUUCACUUUAUUUAUAGAGCACAUUUUAUAAACACUGUUUCCAAAGUGCUGCACAGACUAGCAAAACCACAAAUAAUAAGUUAAUAAGGGAAUGUAAAUGUAAAUGUAAAUAAGAAGUAAAAAUCACUACAGUAAAAACGAAAAAAAUCCAAUAAAUAAAAACAAAGAAACGUAUAACAGUAAAAUAUUUAAACAGGAAGUAAAAACCAAUAAAAGCAAAACAUUCCAAGAAGUAGGUAAAAAAGAUAAAUAAGUACUCAAUGUGCGCGCUGGAGUGUAGAUUUGGAUGAGGUCCGAGAUGUACUGAGGGGCCAGCCCAUUCAAAGCCUGCAAAACAAACAAUAAAAUCUUAAAAUCAAUCCUAAAACGCACAGGCAACCAGUGCAGGGAGGCUAAAAUUGGGGUAAUAUGCUCCCUCUUUUUGGUUGCUGUUAAAAGCCGUGCUGCAGAGUUCUGGACUAACUGUAAGCCAGAGAGUCAUUUAUGGUUUAUUCCCGAGUAAAGUGCAUUAUGGUAGUCCAGAUGUGACAAAAUAAAAGCCUGCAUGCCGUGUUUGAAAUGUCACAAAGAUAAAAAUGAUUUCAUUUUGGAUCAAAGCCAAAGAUGAUAAAAACAGGAUUUUACGACAGCGUUGAUUUGUUUAUUAAGUUUAAAAUCACUAUCGAUUAUGGCGCCAAGGCUGGUGGCUGUGGAAAUGACUUGAUUCUUGACCGGGCCCAAGUCCAAGAGGGGGUUAUUAUUAUUAUUAAGGAUGAUGACUUCUGUCUUCCCCUCAUUGAGCUUAAAAAAAUGUUGAGCCAACCAGACCUUGAUGUCACUUAAGCACUCAAGAAGGGGAGUCAGGGGGGCAUGGUCAUUUCUUGUAAUUGGUAAAUAGAUCUGGCAGUCAUCUGCAUAAAAGUGAUAGGAGAUGCCAUGCUUUCUAAAAAUUGUACUAAGUGGGCUAAGGUAGAGAGCAAAUAGGAUGGGCCCCAGGAUUGAUCCCUGGGGGACUCCACAUUCCAGGGGGGGCAGUAGACGAGGUGGAGUCACCAAGUCCCACAGUAAGGCAUCUCCCUGACAAAUAGGACCUGAACCACUCAAGGGCAGCCCCCCUGACACCCACACAGUUUUCCAAACGAGAUAAAAGAAUAGUGUGGUCCACUGUGUCGAAGGCAGCAGUCAGGUCUAAAAGCAGUAAGAUGGCUGAACCACCAGUAUCAGUCAUUAAAAACAGGUCAUUAAAACCUUUAAAAGUACAGACUCAGUGCGAUGAAAGGCCCUGUAACCUGACUGGAAGGUGUCUAAAAUCCCAUUUUCAUCUAAAAAAGGCUGCAUCUGUGCAAGAACACUUCUUUCUAAAAUCUUUGAGAUAAAAGGUAGUUUAGAAAUGGACCGAUAAUUUGAUCAAAUUGAAGGAUCCAGACCUGUUUUUUAAGCAAAGGUUCAACAGCAGCCUUUUUACAAAAGGAAGGGACAAUACCAGAGGACAGGCUGCUGUUGAUGAUAUUACACACAUAGGGGCCAAUAGUUGCCCACACCUCCCUAAAAAAGUGAGGGGGAACAGGGUCAAUGGGAGAGGAAGAAGGCUUAAGACCAUCAACUACUUGGUAAUAAAAGCCAGCGACACAGGUUCAAACUGAUUAAAAACUUUAGAGCACUGUGUCACUGUAGACGAAUUAAAAGAGGGGGGUGAUAUAUUGGCAUGUAUAGACGCAACCUUAUUAUUAAAAAAGUGCAGGAAAUGUUCACAGGUGUCAGCAGAAACUUCCAGUGUCGUGGAUGGACUGUGGUUUAAAACAGAAUCAAUAGUUUUAAAAAGAACACAACAUUAUUCUCGUAAAAUUAUUACUUUUUCUUGUUAUUUUUCUUAAUAUUUUUCAUUCAUACUUGUAAAAUUACCGCUUUUUUUUUUCAAUUUUUGCCGUUUUUUUUGUUUACUUGUUAAAUUAUAGUACCCCGCCUCUCGCCCGAAGUCAACUGGAAUAGGCUCCAGCAUACCCUUGGAUGCAUGGAUGUUACAUUAUAUUUUUAGAAUGUACUGCGGGCCAAUAAAAAAAACAGCCGCGUGCCGCAAACGACCGAAAGGCCACGUGGACUCUCUUGUGCUGCUAGCCAAUUAGACAAUCAUGAACGUAUGUUGAGUUAUUUUCAGAGGACAGUAAAUGUAUACCUCUUUCCAAGCUGUACAGUGACUACUCUAAAUUAUAUUAAAGUUUCAUUUGUAUGGUACCGUCACUUGAGAAGAAAGAUAUAUUAACAUGCUUGCUGGAAUAUGAGUUACUGUUUACAUUUAAUAUUAUUCAUAAAGUUUCAAUGUUACAAUGUCAUAAAUAAUGAAUAAAAUACUUUUGGAUUAUUUAUUAUUUAGUUUUAUAUUCAUUUAAUUAAAACGACGCGUGAAAUUAUUAUUAUUUUGUCUCUUUUCAAAUGGAGAACAAAUGGCUCGCUGUGUAUGUGAUU